AACUCAUCCAUCAGCUUUCUGAAUAUUUGUUUCAUUCCACUUCCUCUUCUUCACAAAUCAACAACUAGUUAUUGAGCACUUGUCACCAGCAAUGUCUUUCUUUUCAGCUAUUUUUAGUUGUUUUGCACCUUCAUCGCGUGUUUCUUCUGAUGAUGUCGCAGGAGGUGACUACAAGAAAGCGAAAGGGCAGUCCAAGCACAUAUCAAGGAAAUCAAAAUCCAGGGGAGCUCCCAUUGUAGUGUCCUACUUCCCUCUUGGUUCCAAUUUGUCACGCUUGUAGUUGGCUUUGGUGCAAAAAAUUGCUGCUGAAGAUCUCAACAAAAACAUUCAUCAUCACUCAUUUGGCAAGCCUGAGCGAUUAUGGGAAGAUCCUGUAAUCAAGGCCGCUUUCAAACUCUUUGAUGGAAAAUAGAAGAAGCUAGCAUACAGAUUCGUCCUCAAAUUAAUAGUUUGGUCCCAACUUGGUACCUCAGGGGUGUUCCAAAUACGAUUUCCAUGUAAUGCCAUGAAUCAUAUGUUGUAAUAAUAUUUCAUGUAACUGGCAUUGCAAUAAACUAAAUUUGAAAUA